CUCGGGGCUCGCCCCCCGCCGCUCCGGGCAGGCGCGCCUAUGGCGUUUCUAAGGUGACGCUGCGCACAGCGACUUUCUCCGGCGGCGGCGGAGGACACGCCUAUGAACCCUUCGGCGACCUUCUUCGCCGGGCGCCAGAACAUCGGGUCAGAAGUCGAGAUUUCCACUAUCGAGAAACAACGGAAAGAGCUGCAGCUGCUCAUUGGAGAAUUAAAAGAUCGCGAUAAAGAGCUCAAUGAUAUGGUUGCAGUACAUCAGAGACAACUUCUUUCAUGGGAAGAGGAUCCAGAGCGUUGCAGCAAGUUAGAAGGUGAACUACAUAAAAGAACUGAAAUAAUCAAGUCACUCACAAAGAAGGUAAAAACCCUUGAAUCUAAUCAAAUUGAAUGCCAGACGGCCCUUCAGAAGACUCAGCUCCAGCUCCAGGAAAUGGCUCAAAAGGCAACUCAUUCCUCCCUCCUCUCUGAAGACCUCGAGGCUAGAAACGAAAAUCUCAGCAACACAUUAGUGGAACUUUCUGCUCAGGUAGGACAAUUACAAGCUCGAGAACAGGCUCUCACGACCAUGAUAAAGCUAAAGGACAAAGAUAUUAUUGAGGCAGUCAGUCACAUCGCGGACUGCUCGGGUAAAUUCAAAUUAUUAGAGCAUGCCUUACGCGACGCCAAGAUGGUGGAGACUUGUAUCGUGAAAGAAAAGCAAGAUUGUAAGCAGAAAUUGAAGACGCUUAAGGUUGAAAUUAAUAAACUAAAAGAGGAUCUCAAUGAAAAGACAACAGAAAAUAAUGAACAACGAGAAGAGAUCAUUCGCCUCAAGCAAGAGAAAAGUUGCCUGCACGAUGAAUUGGUUUUUACUGCAGAGAGAGAAAAACGGAAAGAUGAGUUACUUGAUAUUGCAAAGUCAAAGCAAGAACGCACGAACGCAGAACUGCAUAAUUUGAGACAGAUUUAUGUAAAACAACAGAGUGAUCUGCAGUUUCUUAAUUUCAAUGUGGAAAAUUCUCAGGAAUUAAUACAGAUGUAUGACUCAAAGAUGGAGGAAUCAAAGGCCCUGGAAUCCAGCAGAGACAUGUGUUUAUCAGACCUUGAAAAUAACCACUCAAAAGUCGAUAUUAAGAGGGAGAAAAAGCAGAAGUCACUGGUUAAGGACCAAAAAUUUGAGACCACGUUGUUUCAGCAAAAUAGGGCAGACAAGAACUCUUGUGACGUGUGCCAAGAGAAGAAGCUACAGGUUAAUACUUCAUUUGGGGAAAAAAGUGUAAUUGCUCUCUCGUCUCUGUUUACAAAAAACUUAAUGGAGAAACCAAAGUCUUGGUCUCUGGGAGGAAAACUCCAGAUCGAACCCGAAAACAAAAGUACGUUGUGUAAGGUCCAUGCAAAAUUACCAAAAGGUAUUGGAAUUGGGAUUCAGAACGAAGACAAACAGCUCUCGGACAUGUCAACUUUUUCUGAUGAAAAGCAAUGGCACGAUGUCAAUGUGUACCUGGGCUUGGCCAGCUGCUCUGCUUCAAAACAACCAGAAAAGCUUGAUGUUGAAUAUCAAGAUCACGUGGAAAGAUCUGGAGUUUCCUGUUGCCAAAAAAACGAAACCUGUUUGGGUGAAAACGACCUGUGCGAAUCCCAGUGCUGCCACCCCAGUAACUUUGUCAUCGAAGCCCCAGGCCAAAUGUCCGACAUCGAGUGGAUGAGUAUUUUUAAGCCUUCGAAGCUGCAGAGAAUUGUGCGGCACAAGUCGGUGUGCACUUGUUCAGAAGCUGCCUGUGGGACGAAAUACAACUCUUCCACCAGUGAGCUAAUUGCCAUCCAGCAUUCCCACUGUUUGGGCUCUUUAAAAUCGGCCUUGAGAGAGGAGGAGAAGCUGGUGGAGGCAGAGUCCUCUUCUGACAGAAAGAACUCACCGAAGAUUUUGUUAAUCAACAAAGACACAGCACUGCCUAGUGAGAAGGACGAUUUUUCUCCCACCAGCAAGCUCCAGCGUUUGCUGGCCGAGUCUCGUCAGAUGGUCACAGAUCUGGAGCUGAGCACCCUGCUCCCCAUCAGCUCCGAGGCUCUCAGCAGCAGCGCCAAAAACAACUUAGAAGUCUCGGAAGAGUCAGCUCAAAAAAAUACCUCUCUCAAUGACUGAAGAAAGCAAAAGUCAGCU